AUGGCCAGCAACUAUCGGCUCCUGCUGUCGCAGCUUCCACCAGAACUGCGCAUCGAAAUCUACUCUUACCUUUCAACCAAGGACACCACCUGCACCCCAACCGCUCGAUUCUUGCCCUUCCAGCUCAAGUACUACGAAUGCAAACACACCUCUAUUACCAUCACACCAGUACACCAUGGAUCAAACAGCCUUCUUGCACUCCAACCAUACCGCUUUCUGGAAGCUCAUGAAUACCACGCCUGGCUCAAAGCAAAUGCCGUACAGCUGAACAUAAAAGUUGUCUUCAAGGGCAAAGUCGGCACCUUUGUGCAUGACAAUUGGGUGAAGAAGGUCGAAUCACAUCUGCAAAAGUUGAUAAAGCAGCAUCCCUGGCUGGGCAAAGUGGCGGAUUACCAUAUCCAGAUUCACUGGGAUGCAUCUGAUGGUGUCCUCAAGGGGAGAAAGAAGAAGCCUACAGGGCAGAUCCCACGCGAUAUGGCGAAAGCGCUUACCAUGCUCAUGGAUGAGAAAGUGAAGAAAAAGCAAGGGUGCGUGAAGGUGCGAUUGCUACUCGCGCAUCGCAUUGCGGUGGAACAUGUCUUUUUUGGCACUAGAUUUGGGCUUGGGGUAUUCUUGGCAGUCCCAGCGAUGGAUGAGGGAGCCAAAGAGUUCACCAUGGAGGCUUGGAAGACACGGCAUCUGGAUGUGAGCAAGGACGGAGACAAGAUUGCACAUCCUGCCUCGGCGGUAGAGAAGGGAGGGAAAGCAUUGGCGGUGGUAGAUGCAUCAAGGAGAGAAUUUGAUAUAGGUGCAAGUCACCUAUUCAUGAAGAAGACAAUAAAGAAAGGGGAGACGAUCGAGUCGAUCUGGGGAGAUGUGCAGUUCGAGGGGGGAGUGGGGCCUGACCGGGUGCUUGUUGAACUCAUGGAUGAUUGUCACGGGAAGUGA